AUGAAAACCUUUUCACAUGGAGUCACAUGGGACCCCCAGGUCCAAACGUACCUAGCUGGAGCACUCGGAGUGGCGCGGCUGGCGGUCAUAUCAGAGGCGCUCGCGCGGCCGUCGCUGCGGCCAACACUGCGGGUCAACACGCUGCGCACCACCCCGGCCGAGGCGAUCGCGGAGCUGCAGCGGCGCCUGGGGGACGCGGCAGCCGGCGCGCGCCCGCACCCUGUAGUGCCGAGCGCGGUGGUGCUGCCCGGCAGCGGCCCCAAGCAGCCGCGGUACGAGGAGCUCUGCGGAGGCAGGGAGGUGGCAAUCAACCGGAUAGCAGGGGAGUCUGUGCUGAAGGGGGCGGACGUCUUCAGCCCGGGCCUGCUAGCAGUCACCCCCGGCGUGGCCGCGGGCGACUUGGUGGCAGUGUCCGUGGCGCUUGAGACAAAACCCAGGAACCUGACACGCGGCACCAUCCUCCGCCCCGACGUGUCCGCCCGGCUGCCGCCGCGCGACCGGCUGCACAUCGGGGUCGGCCGCCUGCUGGAGGGCCGGUCAGGCAUGUUCCGCGCGAGCGAGGGGCUGGCGAUAGAGAUGGUGGAACGCGUCUAUGACAUCCCGCCCUGCAACGGCCUGCUGCGCGGCGACGCCAUGCUCCAGGCGCUGCCCUGCAUCGUGGCCGCCCACGCCCUCGACCCCCAGCCCGGCUGGACGGUGCUCGACAUGUGCGCGUCGCCCGGCGGCAAGACCACCAUGAUCGCGCAGCUGAUGGGGGACCGCGGCCGCGUCAUUGCGCUGGACCGCACGCGCAGCAAGGUGGCCGCGGUGGAGUCCCUAGCGUCAGACCUGGGCAUCUCCAUAAUAGACGCCCGCGUGGCGGACUCGACGCAGCUCGCGCCGCCGCCGCCGGGGGAGAGCGAGCAGCAGCGGCGGCGGCGCGGCGGGCGGCGGAGAGGCGGCGGCGGCGGCGGCGCGGCGGGCGGCGGCGGGGCGCCGCCGGACGUUGCGGACGAGGGGGCCGACGAUGGGGCAGGUGAGGCUGGCGGCGCCGAGGCUGGCCCCACACCGGUCAACCCACUGCCUGAGUUUGGGCCUGAGAGCUUCGAUGCAAUCCUGCUGGACGCCCCCUGCUCCGCGCUCGGCCUGCGGCCGCGGCUGCUGCACGACUGGCGGCUGGCGCAGCUGCACGCGACGGCGGGGCUGCAGCGGGCGCUGCUGCACAGCGCGGUGCACCUGCUGCGGCCGGGGGGCGUCCUGGUGUACUGCACCUGCACCAUCAACCCCGGAGAGAACGAGGGCAAUGUGCGCUUCGCCCUCGACCGCUGGCAAGGGGCGCUGGAGCUGGAAGCGCAGCCGCUGGUGCUGGGAGGCCCAGGGAUCGAGGGCCCGGGGUGGCUGACGCUAGGGGAGGCGCGGCUGGUGCAGCGGUGGGAUCCAGGGGCAGCACCGGACGACACCAUCGGGUUCUUUGUGGCCCGGUUCAGGAAGACGGCGUCGACGGCCGCCUGA